AUGGUGGAAAUCUUCGAUAUUCGAGCAAAUCAAUGGCGAGCCGGCCCAUCUCUUCGCAGUGUGCGGUCAGGAGCCGGUGUAACCGUGUGUAACGGAUCUCUUGUGGUAGUUGGAGGACACCAUGGCGCAAAUAUUCACCAAUCGGCUGAGGUACUUGUCGAUGGCGAAUGGCAAGAGAUAUCUGGGAUGACAGUCGGCAGGCGUAAUGCAGCAGUUAUUGCGGUCAAUGAACACGUAUUUGCGGUCGGAGGCGAUGACGGCUCGAGCAAUUUGAAAACGAUUGAGUGUAUUCAGCUGCCGAAAGACGGAUAUGAAGCCUCGCAUUGGAAUAUCCUCGAGACAAGGAUGCCACAAGGUCGUUCAUACGCCGGAAUAACUCUUUUAUCGAAGGGAGAAUAG